AUGAGCCCGAGGGAUGUUCACAAAACCGCUUUCACCACGCCAUACGGACACUACCAGUUCAAGAGGAUGCCAUUCGGGCUGAAGAAUGCGCCCGCUACUUUUCAAAGAUUAAUGGAUAACGUAUUAUCAGGACUCCAGGGAAACGAGCUCUUCGUAUACAUGGAUGAUAUUGUAUUAUACGCAAAAUCACUAAGAGAACACGAAAUAAAAUUCCAACGACUAGUACAAAGAUUACGCUCAGCGAACUUAAAGUUACAACCGGAUAAGUGUAAAUUCCUGUGUAAAGAAGUCUGUUACUUGGGACACAUUAUUGGAUCACAUGGCGUCAAACCAGACCCCGAGAAAAUCAAGUCUGUAAGUGAUUUUCCCGUUCCCCGGAGCCCUAAGAACAUUAAACAAUUUUUAGGCCUCGCUGGAUACUACCGAAGAUUCAUUCCAAACUUCUCCAAGACAGCUAAACCACUCACUGAUUUACUGAAAAAAGAUAAAGAAUUUCAUUGGUCUACAAGUCAAGAAAGUGCUUUUAUUACUUUAAAAACCGCCCUAUGCUCCAAUCCUAUAUUACAAUAUCCCGACUUCACGAAACCUUUUAUUCUUACGACCGAUGCAUCUGGAUAUGCUAUCGGCGGCAUUCUAAGUCAAGGCCCCAUCGGGAAAGAUUUACCAAUCGCCUAUACUUCACGCGUUUUAAACAAGGCGGAACAGAAUUACUCAACCAUUGAAAAGGAGUGCUUAGCAAUUAUAUAUUGUGUAAGUCACUUCCGACCUUACCUUUAUGGUAAACCAUUUGUUAUAAUUACCGAUCACAAACCACUUGUAUGGCUAAACUCGGUUAAGGAUCCAUCCUCACGAUUAUGGAAAUGGAGAAGCAAACUCCUGGAAUACGAAUACGAAAUAAAAUACAAGAAGGGCACUUUAAAUAAUAACGCUGACGCCUUAUCUAGAAAUCCCCCAGUAAAUUUUAUUUUCCCCAUUGAUUCCGGUGAUGAUUCUGAUGAAUUUUUAUUUUCUCCUAGAUCACGGAUUAUUACCCCCCUACUUCCCUUACCUGCACCCAACUCACCAGAUCCUUCGAACUCGUCAGUAACGAAUCCUGCAAAUCGAAUGAAUAUGUCAUUAAAUUCACCUCAUGAUGAUUAUGUAGAAAUGUCUAACCCCGCGUCAGAACUAACAAUUGAAGAAAUUCCUAUGUCAAGUGAUGAUGAAUUAAGCUCCGAUUCUGACCACGAUUACGAGGAAAUAUUCACUCAUGUGACCACGCCAUACGAAAAUCGCCGAUUACAUUAUAUUGAAUAUAAUGUAAAUCAAGCUCCUAACAUUAUCGAAGUUCGUAAUAAUUUUUUAGAACAAAAAGGAGUUCACGCUAUAUUUAUUCAGGUAAACGGUAUGCCUUUUGACCAAGGAGCGCAAUUAUAUUAUAAUGCUAAUCUAUUGCCAAAGUAUGAACACCUUACAUAUGAACGAGCUACUAUACGUACCAUUAAAGGUAACACUUUAAUUUCUUUACCCAUAAAAUUAAAUUCUUACACGUUAAUCGAACCAACCAACCUGAAGAAUUGUUUACUGUCUCUUUUAGACGUAAUAACAGAACUAGAAUUAACGAACAUAUAUAUGUCUAAAAGUAUUUCAUUCGACGACCUACCAUGGUCAUAUGUCAUUAAACAAUUAAAGAAAAUGUUAACAGGAACCAAUUGUCGAAUAAUUAUUUGCCAAAAUUUGGUAAGAAACCCUACUGUACCAGAACGCGAACAAUUAAUAUUAGAAAACCACGCGUCAGCAGUAGGAGGACAUAAAGGUGUCACUAAAACCUAUAAUAGGAUUAGGCCUCAUUAUUUUUGGACUAACAUAAAAAAGGAUAUACAGGAUUUUAUCCAGAAAUGUAGAGAUUGUCAGCUGAAAAAAUUAACAAGAGUAAAAAUUAGACAGCCAAUGAUUAUUACAGAUACCCCAGGUGCAGCUUUCGACAAAAUUUCAUUAGAUAUCAUGGGACCUCUACCUGUAACGAACGAUAAUAACCAAUAUAUUGUUACGCUCGCAAGGAAUCCUGCUCACUAA